UCGGUCUCAUGAAUAACAAGUCCGCUUUACUUGUGUCAUAUGCUAAAUAUAUUUUACUAGGAAUCUAUUGCAAAGGCUUAUGCUGGAUUAUUAUUACCCACUUUAGUAUGCGUACAUAAGCAUAUUCAAAUUUUAAAUCUAAUCAAAUAGACCAAAAAUCAUACAUAUAAAUACAUAUAUUUUGUAAAGCAUUCCUUGGACGACGCAAGAAGAAAGUUUUUAAAAGAAACAUUGGAAAAUGUUCAGUCCUGAUUAUGAAAAGCGUAUUCUGAAACAUUGUAGUCCAGUCGCUCGAAAUCUCUUCAACGCAUUCGAAGCGGCUUCAACAUCAACAUCUCUUGAUCGAUUUAUACCAUGCAGAGCCAACAACAAUUGGCAAACCAAUUUUGCAUCUAUAAAUAAAUCGAAUGAGAAUUCACCUCAGACGAGUAAAAAGCAACGUGACUGCGGUGAAUCUGCACGUGAUAGCUUAGCAUACUCCUGCCUAUUAAAGAAUGAGCUUCUUGGCACCGCCAUUGAGGACGUGAAGGCGGUUAGUGAUGAACGCAACGAGAACACCUACACACCAGCGGCGAAAAGAAGUCUUUUCAAGUACCAAUCGCCCACAAAGCAGGAUUUCAAUGAACAGUGCCCAUAUUCGCUUUCACCAGUGAGUACGAAAAGCCAAAAACUACUGCGAUCGCCGCGGAAAGCAACUAGAAAAAUAUCUCGCAUACCAUUUAAGGUGUUAGACGCUCCCGAACUUCAAGAUGACUUUUACUUGAAUUUGGUCGAUUGGUCAUCGCAAAAUGUGCUUGCUGUCGGUUUAGGCAGUUGCGUUUAUUUGUGGAGCGCAUGUACUAGUCAGGUAACUCGCCUAUGCGACCUUAACACGGAUUCGAAUACCGUAACAUCGGUGUCAUGGAAUGAGCGCGGCAAUUUAGUGGCAGUUGGUACACAUCACGGCUUCGUCACAGUUUGGGAUGUGGCUGCAAGUAAACAAAUUAAUAAAUUGACUGGUCACUCAGCACGUGUAGGUGCAUUAGCGUGGAAUGGUGAAAUUUUGUCGAGUGGUUCACGUGAUCGUUUGAUUAUACAGAGGGAUACCCGCACACCAGCGCAACAAUCAGAACGUCGUUUGGCAGGCCACCGACAAGAGGUUUGCGGCCUUAAAUGGUCACCCGACAAUCAGUACCUAGCGAGUGGCGGCAACGACAAUCGCCUAUAUGUGUGGAAUCAGCAUUCCCUUAAUCCAGUACAAUCGUAUACAGAACAUACUGCAGCGGUAAAAGCCAUUGCCUGGUCCCCUCAUCAUCAUGGUUUGUUGGCAAGUGGUGGUGGCACUGCCGAUCGUUGCAUUCGCUUUUGGAAUACCCUAACAGGUCAGCCGAUGCAGUGCGUCGACACCGGUUCACAAGUGUGCAAUUUGGCUUGGUCGAAACACUCGUCUGAGUUGGUAUCCACACACGGUUACUCACAAAAUCAAAUAUUGGUAUGGAAAUAUCCUUCUCUGACACAAGUGGCAAAGCUAACUGGACACUCGUAUCGCGUGCUUUACUUGGCAUUAAGUCCGGAUGGAGAGGCAAUAGUAACAGGAGCUGGUGAUGAAACUCUACGCUUUUGGAAUGUAUUUAGUAAAGCACGCAGUCAAAAAGAGAACAAAUCCGUACUGAACCUAUUUACCAAUAUUAGAUAAGCACCAUUCGAGUGAACAAUUGCACUGCUUAAAAAACAUUAUAACAUGGACAACUACAACAUAAUGGGCCUAGGCUGCUGCGUCAAAAUAGCACCAUUCAAAAGUGACAUUUUAAUGACAAAAUUC